GUCCUGUCAGGCGAAGACCAGGGAUUACUAGCACAGAAGCCUUUAGCGCGGGAGAUCUCUUCCUGCUUCCUGUAUGCGGCGUUCAGGCUGAGAGCAUCACGGACUGGUGGUGAGACCAUGGAGGAGCUUCAGCAGCCUCGUCUUCCCAACAACGGCAUCACUCAGAAAAGAGAAGACUACUUGGAAUGGCCAGAGUACUUCAUGGCUGUAGCCUUUCUGUCAGCCCAAAGGAGCAAAGACCCAAGCUCACAGGUGGGAGCAUGUAUAGUGAACCAGGAGAAUAAGAUAGUUGGCAUCGGUUACAAUGGGAUGCCCAAUGGCUGUGAUGAUGACUUGCUCCCUUGGUCUCGGUCUGCUGAUGAUCCCCUUGACACCAAAUACCCUUACGUGUGCCAUGCAGAGCUGAAUGCCAUUAUGAACAAGAACAGUGCAGAUGUAAAAGGCUGCAUCAUGUACGUGGCUUUGUUCCCCUGCAACGAAUGUGCCAAGCUCAUCAUCCAGGCAGGUCUUAAGGAAGUGGUGUAUCUUUCUGACAAGUAUCAUGACACACCUGAGAUGACUGCAUCCAGAAGGCUGCUCAACUUGGCAGGGAUACAGUACAGGCAAUUCAAGCCCAAGAGGACUGAGAUUGUCAUUGAUUUUAAUUCCAUUAACCACCCUGGAAUGCUGAACCGUGCGACCAAAUGAAAAUGCGAAAGACUCACCUUGGGGAGCCACGGGAUGAGGCGGGGAGGCAGAGGAGGAAUGACGAGAUUGAAAGGGACUUUGAUGCCUCUUUUCUGUAGGUCUUCUUGCCCCCUGCUUUGUCUAAAGGAAAACUCAAGGAUACCUCGACUUUGCCGUCUUUUGAUAUUUUGAUUAACCGGAUAUUCAAGAUAGUUUCAUUUGACGCUUCGCCCUUUGUGGCUGACUGUAGCAGAAGGUCUUUCUUUGCUGCUUCCACUUUUUUUCUUUCAAAACUCCCUUUGGGUUUAGGAAUACACAAGGCCUCUGAACAAACUGUCUUGAGUGUUUGAUUUAAAAUGUUUUGUGUUGUGAAUCUGAUUUUUUCAUGGCUGUCUGCACAGGGGAAAACCAGAAUUCUUUUUUUUCCCUCUCUUUCAAACAAGGUUCCAUACUGAUAUAGGGAACCUUGAUAUUCCGAUUGCUUGGCCAUUCUUCACAUUCACAGUGGAAGCUGUCCACGAAGUCAGUCAGUGGUAUACUGAGAGCUGCUGUCAUUAGUUUCGGCCUCCGACAAAUGUGUUAACACUAAGGGUUUCAGGGGCUAGCAGCUCUGUGUACAUGAAUGUUUUAUGGGAGCACUGUAAAGGAUGGCCAGGCUUCCUAAUCCUCCAACGUGAUGUUCAUUUUACUUGUACUGGACAUAAUUGUUUUUAAUGCAGAUUAGUUGUAUCCUGCUAAAACUGAUCAGGGUUCCUCUGUAUAUCAUUUACUGCAGCUUAAUACUAAUUUGCAUUAAGUUAUCACAAGCUUUUUGCAAACCUGUUUGCAAAAAGUGGCCUUGUCAAAUUCAGACAGUUUUACUGUCCUUUUAUGUUACAUUUUACUUUACUAAUUGAAAUCUACUCUGUAUUGCUUUCAGGAAUGCAUGACUGCAAUAUGUGAGGCAUCAAAAGCAAGGAUGUUUAAAUGCACAGUUUUUUUUAUUAGUGUCAUGAUACCAAAGCGUGUUCAUGUAUGUGUGGAUGAUUCAGUUACAUUAUCUUUGAACAGUAGUUGUUGCUGAAAACAGUAGAUCCUUGUGCUGUUCCAUUGUCUGACACACUAUUCCAUCAAGUCUGUCUUCAUAUCACCUUUCCUUUAAUUGUGUCCACUGUUAGUACCGUUAAAGUCAAUAAAACUGGGAAUGCAUGCU